GUAUAUUCUGGUUUAAAGUGUUACCUCAUCAACAUGGCGCGUUGUGUGCGCUGCGUUAAAUCGUCCCCCGGUGCGUUUCCCCUUGACUUGAGAGCAGCUUGUGUAACUCCUGUGUUGUGAGUCUGACCCAGGAGCAGCUUCACCUUCUUCAGAUUUCAAAAUGCUGUCGUCCGUCAUUGCCAAGAAACUGGUGACAGGGAUGUGCCAAGCAGCAUUGAGACCAGCAGUCACAGGGCUAUUAUCAUCUCGUGGUUACCGUGGCGACUCGCCAGAUGACACCAGGGGUGACCUGAUUGAGAUCCCUUUGCCGCCUUGGGAGGAGAACCCAAGUGAAACCACUGACAUCAAGAAACGCAGACUUCUUUAUGAGAGCCGCAAGAGGGGCAUGUUGGAGAACUGCAUUCUGCUCAGCCUAUUUGCAAAGCGAUACCUGAACACGAUGAAUGAGAACCAGCUGCGGCAGUACGACAGACUGAUAAAUGAACCGAGCAACGACUGGGAUAUCUACUAUUGGGCAACAGAUGCUCAGCCCACUCCUGAAGUUUACCAAGGAGAGAUCAUGGAUAUGUUGAAGGAGUUCACAAAGAACCGCAACCACGAGCAGAGGUUAGAUGCUCCCAGCUUGGAGUAUCUGGAAAAGGAAAGUCAAUGAGGUACGAGGCACCACGGACCUCCUCAGAGACUGAUUCAUGGUGGAGCACUGAGUGGACGUCAGUGUUGUAUUCCUCCAGAAAACUCCUUGGGAAGUCAGCUGUGUUUCUGAGGAGUGCAAAAUAUUCACUUAACACUUUACUGUCCUGUGAUUAGAGGGAGAGUUAGAUUCAAGGGAAGUUUGCGUGUGGGAGGACCAUGUUAGGAAAGUGUCAUGAAUAUUUUGCAUUAAUUGUAUUAUAACUGUAUGUUUUACGACUGUAAAUUAAAAACUGCUCAAUGGGAUGCAUCAUGGGAAAGCCAGCUUUCAGCAAUGAACACAAGCUGUACAAUGAUCUCACUGUGCCUAUUACACACAUUAUGGGUUGUUAAAUAAAUGUUGAUCCUCUACUGUU